CAGCUACACUCUGAAUGACCCUGCCCAUGCCCAGGCCCUAAGGGCAUGUCUGGAAUCACUCGUGACAAAGGUUCCUCAGCACGAGGAGCUUCUUAACACCCUCGACUCAGGUUGCGGCGAUGGUGACUGUGGUGCCACCUUGCUUCUUGGGAUCCGAGCCAUCUCGGCUCAGCUCCCCGACCUGCCUACCGCCCACCCCGCCGCCCUUUUGGCCUCUCUCGGCGACGUGGCCUGCGUCAGCAUGGGCGGAUCGUCAGGAGGCUUCUAUUCCAUCCUCCUGACGGCCGCCGCAUCCCACCUCGCCUCGCAACCCUCAGAGGGCGUGUCACCGAGAGCGCGAUGGGCGGGGGCGCUGCGGAAGGGCGUCUUAGCCGUAGGAGAAUACGGGGGAGCCAGGGCGGGCGACAGGACGAUGCUGGACGCCCUCCUGCCGGCUGUCGAGGCGCUGGACUCCGCCGACGACGCCCACGGACUGAGGGCGCUCCUGCAGGCGAUGGCGAAGGCGGCCGACCUCGGGGCCAAGCGCACGGCGAGGAUGAAAGCCAGGGCAGGACGAGCCAGUUACGUGAGAGAGGAGAAUGUAACGGGAGAAGACGCCGGUGCAAGAGCUGUUGCAUGCAUGUUGCAAGCACUAGCGUCCUACUGAUGCCAGACGGGUGGUUGAGGUCCAUGCUUUUUUACUGGUUGUGGUUGGCAGGGGUUGGCAGCCUGGUGGUGGUGUUGGCAGGGGUUGGCAGGCUGGUGGUGGUGUUGGCAGGCGUUGGAAGUUGGUGGAAAUUGGCGUGAAUUUCGGUGUGUGUUGGCACUGUUGAAAAAAAAAAAUCGAAAUAGAAAUUUGUUAAUUGGAUAGGAAUAAUGUAGAAAUAGAUGUUAUGAUGUUAGAGAUGAGAAUGGAUUAAUAGAGAUAAUGAAUAAUUAUAUAUAAUAUUAUAGUGUUCACCUGUUGAUGCCUUUUAAUUAGGAACUUUAUAUUUAAAUGAAGUGUAAUUAUCAUCAUUUGAUUAAGGAUGGGUUAGUACUGCAUCAUUAUGACUGCAAUUAUUAGUUAGCAUUAAUUAAUAACUUUGAGUUUGUUGUCACUAUAUCCUGUGGCACUGUUUUGACACUGUUAUAAUAACUUAUUACAGUUUAUAAUGACACGAACAAGAAAAUAAUAUGAUUUUUUUUUAUCUGUAUCUGUAUUUCAGUAUUUGAUGACCAGAAGUGUAAAUAAAAAUGUGUGAUAUAUUUUUUUUU